CAAAAAAGAAGCAACUCCACUCUUAUACGGACAGUUUUUGCUCCGAGGAUUCGCCGGUGGACUGUGUUCAAGACUUUUAAUGAGAGCGCAAGAGGAGAAAUCUGUCCUUUUCAAACCCAAACCAAAGCAAACCAGGACGAGGAGUGAAGCCUGGGUCCCAGAGCCGCUGCGAUUUUUACGCACAGCUGUGUGGACACAAUAAAUUGAGUCUAAUUGUGCCUGUGUUGCAUCCAGUAGAGAGAAGCUGAGUGACGAGCACCGACUGCACCGGAUUCACGGGGGUGCAGUGAGAACAGAUCUCACCAAAUGGCCAGUGAUCUGCAGCCUGCAUUAGCCUGCAUGGAUAACCAGUGGUAGCUUUAUUUAUUCUCCCAAAGCCAAACAGUCCUUUCCGCGCGCCCCGCACGUCGCUGCGUGUUCGUGUGUGUGCCGGACCCGCUCAGCUCCAGAAGACUCAAGUCAGAGGAACAGAGUAUCCGUCUGUUUACCAGAGCUGUACAAAAUCCACAAGUACAGAGAUGUGAAUCCGGUGAGACGGAGGCUCGAUUCACGGAAGAAAAAGCCACAUCCCGAUUCUCCUUUUUUCCAGCCGUCCCAGCGUCCUCACACUCGGCUGUCCACAAACCUGGAGAGCGUCCGAAGAAAGGCCGAAGAACCACGACAGGACCACGAAUAGGAGAAGAAGAAAAGUGAGACUAAAAUAAAAACCAAACAACGACCCCCAGGUCGACAGAGGACCAUGUUUGUCCCCCUGCCGGUCCCCUUCGUCUUUCAGAGAACAGCGUCCGACUUCAGCGCCUGGAGACUCAAGUCCUCGCUGGCUCCGCGGUCCAGUCCCGAUAUCAGGAUGUCCAAAGCAUCAGGGGAGGAAAAACCUGGGGAAUAUCCAGGGGACAGUUCAGACUCUGACAGAAACAGCCCAGAUGACCAGGUUCAGACUAUGAAAACAAGUCCCUUCAGCCUCUCUCCACCACCAGUUAGCAGCAAGGGAAAGAGUGAGGAGAGCUCUGAGAUAACACACAGCACUGCUCCACCGGCACCGCCCUCACAGCAGCAGCAGCAGCAGCAGGCUCAACACCACCACACGCAGCUCAUGCUUGCUGGCAGUCAGCUAGCAGGGCUUGCUGCGCUUCUCCCAGCCCAGCAGCAGCUGCUCCUCCAACAGGCUCAGGCUCAGCUCCUGGCAGCGGCCGUUCAGCAGUCAAAUGCCGCCCAUGCCGCUCACGCUGCCCACGCUGCUGCGCAGCACCAAGCCAACCAGCAGCAGCAGAACCAAUCACAAUCCCAACAGCAGCAGCAGCAAACCAAACAGGAGCAAACGGUCCAGGUCCCGCCUCCACCGCCACAGCUGGCCCUGUCACAGCCAAUCCAGCUCACAGCACAGGACAUCCAGCAGCUGCUGCAGCUCCAGCAGCUGGUUCUGAUGCCGGGUCAUCCUCUCCAGUCUCCUGCCCAGUUCCUCCUGUCUCAGCCAGCACAGCCACAGCAGCCACAGCAGGGUUUGCUCUCGACACCAAAUCUGAUCCAGCUACCUCAACAGAGCCCAGGGGGACUGCUGACAUCACCCCCACGCCUGGGGCUCCAAGCACAGAGGGAGAAAAGCAGCGAUGCUGGAAGCAGCAGCAGCGGAGGCUCUUUAGGCGCCACUGGGAGCAGCGGUGUUGGUGUUGUGACAUCUGUAGGAGCUACCUCUGCAUCCAGCAGCGCCAUGGCUUCCUCCUUAGCCUCCGGCUUGAGUUCUGGAGGUCACGGGGGUCACAUGGGGGAAGAGCCUAGCGAUCUAGAAGAGCUGGAGCAGUUUGCCCGCACCUUCAAGCAGCGACGCAUAAAGCUGGGAUUCACCCAGGGUGAUGUCGGUGUGGCUAUGGGAAAACUCUACGGCAACGAUUUCAGCCAGACCACCAUCUCCCGCUUCGAAGCUCUCAACCUCAGCUUUAAGAACAUGUGCAAGCUGAAGCCGCUCCUCGAGAAGUGGCUGAGCGAUGCAGAAACAAUGGCAGUAGACAGCAUGCUGCCCAGCCCUUCUUCAAUCUCCUCCCCCCUGUUGGGCAUCGAGGGUCUACCGGGCCGACGCAGGAAGAAACGCACCAGCAUCGAGACCAACGUGCGAGUAGUCCUAGAGCGCAACUUCAGCACGAACCAGAAGCCUACCUCUGAAGAGAUCCUGCUGAUGGCAGAGCAGCUCAACAUGGAGAAGGAGGUGAUUCGCGUUUGGUUCUGCAACCGCCGGCAGAAAGAGAAACGCAUCAACCCCUCCAGCAGCACCACCCCUCCCCUGCCCCGCCAGACCUCGCCUGUUGUGACGCACAAAGCCCCCUGCUACAGCCCGCACAUGAUAUCGAGUCAGGGUCUGUCCCAGGUCACCACCAGCCUCAGCACAACAGGUGCCAGCUCAUCACCUUCAGCGUCCUGCCCCAUGACUCCGGUCAGCUCAGCUGCCAUCUCUUCUUCUCUGACUCCGCCUCCUCAUAGCACAGCUAGCCCAGCUCCUCCCAGCCUCGGGACCUCCGGGCUCAACGCUGGGAACACAAUGAUGGGAGUAAGCACAGGGAUGAACCAGGCCCUCAUUGGCAGCAAUCCCCUGGCUACCAUGCAAGCUCUGGCAGCCAGCGGUGGGCAGCUACCCAUCUCCAGCCUUGAGGGUGGAGCAGGUCACAUGCUUCUCGGUGGACCCGGGGGCCCCUCUGUCCCCCCCUCCCUCCGCCCCUCACUCUUUCUCAACCGGCCCACACUCCUCCCCAUGGUGACUGGAUCCAUGGCAACAACAUCGACAACCGCCAUGGGACUGGUCAGCAGCGGCGGCGUGUGCGGCCCGAGGCCCUCCUUUUCCCAUUCUCCUUCCGCUGGCACCAGCAACCUCAUGAGCCCGACUUCGUGCCCAGAGGAGUCUGCAUCUCCGUGUUCAAGUCCCGCCUCUUUCUGUUCUUUCAGCGAAGCCUCACCGCCACCGCUGGGAGGGGCCAUGGCUGAGUGAUCCUGACUGACAGCCAAAGUAUCCUAUCAGAGGAGGACGAGGAGGAACAGGAUGAUUAAAGGAGCUUUAAAAUCUAAAUUUACAACCUCACCUUUGAACCAAAGCCAUCUCUCUGUCCAGUCCAUCUCUGGUUUUGUCUCUCUCUCUCUGUCUCCCUGCUGAUGUCUCCUGAAGCCAAAAAUAUACACAGAUGGAUGCAGGGAGGAAGCAAAGAGAGAGGGAGGAUGAAGAGGAUAGAGAGAAUUGCAGAAAGAAGGAGGGAAUUCGAAACCAAAUAUCGAUCUGCAGCUGGAGAGGUGGCGCCGAGGUGUGAACACCACGCUUUUCAACAGCUGGAGAAAAAAAUAAAAACUCAGUGAGGGCAGGGAUGAGAACUGAAACUGUGUGUGGGAAAAAAAUGGGAGGCAAAGAAAAGACUUGUUUAACAAGCUUGGACGGUCAUGUGGUUGCAACCAAAUAAAAAAAGAAGAUGCUCGAAGAAAAACACACAAAGAUGUAAACCAAAAUCUCUGAAUACCAAAAACUGAAAACCAAAAAAACAACAACAAACGGAGCGAAAAGCUUUAGUUCAAAAGACUUCCUGAUCCAUCCAGGAUCAGUUUAGUACUUCAUUCUACGUCACGCCAAACAUUCCUCAUUUCACUCGGGAUUUCACUUUUCCAUCUUCAGCGGAAGAUUUACAAAACAUCUAUUUUUCUAUUAUUUGUAUUCAUCGCUCUUUCUUAUCGAAUUCAGACAAUUUAAUAUUUUACAGCUGAGCCCACGCGCAGGAUAUCUACCUACCUCUCUCUCUCUACAGCUUUACAACGCUCGCCCUACCUUACAUCACAGCUCUGUGUGUUACGGCCUGCAGCAGCAGGAGGGUGGGCUUUACUGCUCUAAUAACUACUUUAGUGUCCGGUAAGAAGCCAAUCUGUAUUCACUGUGGUACAAAAAUAACUUUCUGGUGUUCAUUAAAGCCCUCUUUGUAGCAAAGCCCACCCGUCUGCCACACGCUGGAAACUCCACUCAAGUUAAAGGAAGAAACCGUCAAAAUUUUAAGGUUGUUUCGUUCUCGUUAGAUCCACACUUAAUUUGGGGGGAGGGGGGGUUGUUUGUACGUCAGUUUUUCCCCAAAGAAAGAUUUUAGUCAUUCAUCAUCAUCAUUAUCUUUAAUGUUUGUCCAAACCAAAGUAUAUGCUGAUCACGCUGCCUACAGAGUGACUCUGCACGCCGGCAGAUGUGGGAUUUAUUUUAAUAUUAUUAUCUAUUCUUUUUGAUUUAAUAUUACCCCAUAUACACCCAUGCAUCAUCAUCAUCAUCAUCAUCAUCAUCAUCAUCAUCAUCAUCAUGUCAUCUUUCAGACUGCUCAUCCACCACCAGACAGUCACUCUUGGAUACCAAAGCAUCGCCUCUGGCAGCGUUGUAUCUGGAUUCGCCCGGGAGACGAGUGUCCAGACAAAACCUCAGCAGUGUCAAAGGGAAAACACACACACACAGACACACACAAACACACAAACAAAGACCAAACCAAAAAAAAAGAACAAAAGAAAGAGGUGAAGCACCGGCAUUCCCCUUACUGCCCCCAAACCCCUGCCCUCCAACCCUCCCUCCCAUCUGCCCCUCUCCUUUGUCUCCAAAGAUUAGAUCAGAUCAAAGGGCCAAAAGAAAUGAGGAGGAGAAGAGAAGGAGGAGAAGCGGAGCAGCCAAAGGUAUGAAGAGCUGCAGGGGGAAAGUAAGGAGAAGAGGAGGAGGAUAAGGAGACCGAGAAGGAGUAAGAGGAGUAGGAGGAGAUGCGCUUGAAGCAGCGGACCAAAAUACCAAAAAGUAACCAAAACCAAAAGCUACUGCUACUAGUUAUGUGUGAGUGACUGAAGUAUAACAAACCAAAUAGGAACAAAGUGGGGGAGGACGGGGGAGAGAAGGGUGAGUAAGGCCCCGUCUGUCUGUCCGUCUUUAACUGUGAUUGCUGUUCUCGUAUUAUCAGACAGAAACCCUCCCUCCCCCCUCCCUCCGCCGGCGACCUCGGCUUUGUUCUCGCUUUCUGUUUCCUGGAUGGAUAAAAUGUGGAAUAACCUCAACAAACUGACUUUGAGAAUAUAUAUAUUUUUGUUCCUGCUUUCCAUAGUGUGUCUGUUACCGAUGUAUGGAUUCGUCUCAUUGCUUUCUUCUUCUUAUGUGUGUGUGUGUGUGGGGGGGGGGUUAUUUCAUAUCUUUUCAUCUCUUCGGUUGUGCUCCAGGUUUUUAUUUUUUAGUUUGGACAUAAUGUGAAAAUGUAGCUUCCAAAUGAACUUAUUUUAAUUCAGAAUGUUGAAAAAGCCAAAACUAAAAACCAAAAGCAAAGAAACAACCAAAUACAACCAAACCAGUGCACAAGUCACACGAGUGUGUGUGUGUGUGUGUGUGUGUGUGUGUGUGUGUGUGUGUGUGUGUGUGUGUGUGUGUGUGUGUGUGUGUGCGUGUGUGUGUGUGUGUGUGUGUGUGUGUGUGUGUGUGUGUGUGAGCAUCUGUAGGUAAAGAUAAUUACAUAAAAACCAUAAAACACAGUUAAAAGCAAACCUGGGCCUGUUUUCAGUUUUCCACUCAUGCUCAUCGACCUCCUACGAAACAUUCAGAUCACACUCUAUGAAACAAACGCCACACAAACCCAAUCCUGAUCACAUGAAUCGCUGUGUGUGAGUUUCACACACGUUGACUUCUGACCCUGAGAGGAGCUUCAGUCUUGCUUUAGUGCUUUACUGUGAGCUGCAGCAGUUUAUGAUUAUAUCACAAAACUGGAAAGAAUAAGACCUCAAAACAAGUUUAUUAAUUAGUUCCCAGACUUCCACACAGAUAUUAAAAUAUAUCUGACUAUACUCACAUAGAAACCUCGGUCUCAGUGAUCACAUAGAUUAAACACAAAACUGCUAUUUUUUUUGUCAGAUUUGUAAGAGCGUAGAUUGUUUCAGUUUUCAGGAUUUGUUUAGACCAAGGUUUUAUUUUUGGAUCAGUUAACUAAAAUGUUCAAAGUUAAUAUUUUUAAACACCAUAGGUUUAAUGCAAACUACUAGUCACCUAGUCAGUAGGUAUAAAGUGGUAAUAAAUUUUAUUUUUGCAGGCUAAAAGGUCUGUCAGACAGCAGUGACAGUCAGUAACUGUAGCGAAUGCCGGGCUGUGACAUUAGCUCUGCUGUAUUUGAAUUUAUUUAUUUGUAUAUAAAUAAAUCUCAGCUCUGCCCCUGCUCUUAUUUCUGUGAUUGGAAAACUAAAAACAGGCACCAGGUCGAAGCCACAGAUGGACACAGAUACUGAAGGCAACCAGUGAUGAAGAUGAUACGGGGAGGGACGCGGGGGAUGCAGGCGGUAAAGGCUGUUAACGCCCACUUUUAGGGGGAAUGUAUCCAUUAGUUCUUAUAGUUUUGUAGGAGGAAACAUUCUAAGUUCACCUGAUCUUAUUUGUUGCUCAUGUAUAAAAAGGCUGGGAUUAUUAUUAUUAUCCACCGACCGAAGACGACGACCAAAAGCUUUAAAACUCUUUUACCUUUCUCGGGCUCCUUGUUGGAAAAAAAAAAUUUGUAUUUAUUGUAUGAGGGAGGUGUGUACUGUUUCGGGGAUGGGGAAAAUAGUCUGUUUGUAUUUGAUGAACUUCUUUGUCUCUCACCUUGUUUAUUUAUUGAUUAUUUAUGUAUUUAUUGAAUUCUAUUUCAUUCUUUCUGGAUCUUUGUAACAGCUUUUCAGGGGUUGUUGUGAGGCUUGUAUCUGCAGAGAGGGACGUUCUGGAGAUCGAAACAAGAAGAAACGAAUGUUUGAAACAAACCAAACCUAAGACUGUUGUAACCUGAGAGAAGGAGAGAAAGUGCAGGGAACAGAUGGGGGAACAUGUUCUGAUUGGCUUUAUAAGGAAGCAGCUUAUUGAAGCACAUUGUUUCCAAAGCUCACACAGAUAUUGGCGUUUGUGUUACUGAGUUCUAAUCUUCAGUCGAACAGGUUUACUUUCCUGCAGCGGUGAUUUAAAAGGCUGUUGUUUCUCCAGUAGGUGGAGCAGCAUCAUGUUAUUAGAUGCAGUGUGAACAUAGACUGUAUCUAAAAGAUGGCAGUCGCCACCAUAAAUGGUAUAAAAGAUGGCCGUAGCUGCAGUUACUUCAUCUGCUGGUUUCUGAAGUCGUGCUUUGAAGCCUUGUGAUUAGUGUCUUCACCGUCACCAUCAAUAAAACAGAUGUGACAAAAGGGGCGGGUCUGACUUCAAACUGCUUGCUCAUUGGCUAAGGUCCCGUCAGUCCUUAGGCAUCGAGGUGCCAUAAUAAACUCAAUUCUGAAACAUAAGACCAAAAUGUAGAAAUUUAAAAAUAAAAUGUAUUCAAUAUGACCCAAAAUGAGCCCAUAAUCUCAUUAGGAUUCUGUUCAGAGGCUUUUACAGAGCACACCAGCAGCAUUCAUAUUAUGAGCCAUAAAAUUAUAACCAUCCAAAGUAGAUGUGAAACGACUGUACGUGUUCUGUGUGGUGUCGGCCUCGUUUCUCCUCCACCCACAACCCUAAAUCCAAAAAUAAUGUGCUUCACUGUUUUUUCAGUUUGUUGUAAAAAUAAUUUCAGUGUUAAAAAAUCUCAUUUUGAUUCAAGAGCUUCUGCAUAUCGGUGAAUUAACCAUUACUGUUGGUUCAGGGCAGAAAGCUCACAGCAGGUGGUGGUCUGAUAAAUCUGAUAAGCACCGUAAAUUAAAAAAAUAAAGAAACAUCUUCAUCCUCAAACAGCUGAUCAGAGUCAGCACAACAAAUGAAAAAAUGAAAAAGUUCUGCAGCUUUUUUUGGAAUAUUGGAUUUUUAAA